AUGGCUACAAAAGUCAACAAAAAAGGUGGUCGGACAACAAAACUUCGUCGCCGAACGCGUGUUAUCGAAGCCACUUAUGAAGAGCCUGAAGGUGGUGGUAGUGCAGUGAAGAGACCAGGCUCGAUUAAAAAAUCUGGAGGUGGUGGUGGUGGUGUUAGCCCUGAAGUGGAGAAGCAUCUGGAUACGUUUGUCGAGACCUACACCACAUUGGGUGUAGAAGGUCUCCGUCGCCAGUUUAAAGAAAGUCUCUCGUCAUAUCGAGCACCGGAUGAAAAGUACAAAUACAAAGCUUUUGAAGCACAUCCCGAUAAAAAUCGAUAUAUGGACGUUGUUUGCUUGGAUGAGACAAGAGUUAUUCUUACACUGAACGUGCCACCGUCAACAGACUAUAUUCAUGCGAACUGGAUCAAAUUCGAAGGGCAUGACAAGGUCUUUAUCGGUACACAGGCCCCGUUGGACAACACCAUUGAAGAUUUUUGGCGUAUGGUCUUUCAAGAAGGAUCUCCACAUAUAGUUAAUCUCACAAAGGUUGUUGAAGACGGUAAAAUAAAAGGAACUCAAUACUGGCCAUUAGAAGCUGGGCAGUACCAAACUUACGGGAAAAUGUUUGUUAACACUAAGAAGGUAGAGUCUGAAGGGAAGUUCAUGAUCUACACUGUAGAAGUUCUACCUGAGGGUUGUUCGAAUUCAAACAUUGUCAAGGUCCUGCAUAUGACUAGUUGGCCCGAUCGCGGUCUACCAAUGAGCGGCCGUCACGUACUUCGACUGAUUCGUCAAGUCACCGGUGACAAACUCGACAAUGGACCUAUAAUAAUGCACUGUUCGGCUGGAAUAGGCAGGACUGGCACCAUCAUGUUAAUUGAUGUUAUUCUAAGAAGACUAUUUAGCUGUAAAGAAAUUGAUUUAGUUGAUCUAUUCAAAACACUUCGGAAUCAGCGUGCAUCGUGCGUUCAACAGGAGGGACAAUACGUCUUCAUCAUACUUAGCGUACUUGAUUACAUUAAGAUUAAAUGUCCCAAGUACAAGGAUCGAGUGUGCAAAUUUAUAGACGACUUCAAAAAUGCACUAUUGGUCUCAACUUAA